GAGUUAGCCUAGUGGUUGGAGUAUUAGGUCAGUAACUGACAUGUUGCUGACAACGUAAAAAUCUGUUGUUCUGCCCCUGAACAAGGCAGUUAACCCUUAUUAUUUAACCCCGGUAGGCCGUCAUUGAAAAUAAGAAUUAGUUCUUAACUGACUGGCCUAGUUAAAUAAUAAGAUAAGACAUAAAGCUAGCGUGGUGUUCAUACGUUUCUAGACAGCUAACGUUAUAUACCUGAAGAAGGGCACUGUCUUCACUACAGAACGACAUAUGUAGCUAACGUAAUUGCACUUGUGUACAAAAGCUGUCUGGCCUCGCAUCGUGAUGUGACGCAUGUUUAGUAGCUAGACACGCCCAGAACCAUGUUAGUUCGCUUAAUAGCUACAUGCUAGCCAAUCUUUGUUGCUUUAGUUGACUGCACCAUUGAUCAGCAAUAAUGUGAUGUCAAUGGUGCAGACGUUCUUGGUAAUAUAUAUUUUAGGAAGGUCGGAAAAUGUUAUGGUACAAAUCUUGAAUAUGGUACUUAACUAGUUGUACUUGUAAAUUAUAGUGUCAUAGGUUGUGCCCCCCUGGGAGGAGUACAAUGUUGUUUUCCUGCAGCAAAAAUUAAAUAUGUUUAACGUUAGUUGCUUUCACAUAAAGGUUAUGAUUGCAGUAAUGAUGCAACAAUUGGGAACUCAAGGGUAAAAAACGAGGUCAAAUCAUGACGUCAGUGAUCUUCAGGUCAGAAAGUCAGAACUCUAAAAAGAGGCCCGAUUUCCUGACUUGAUAUUCCAUUUUUUACCAAGUUCCCAGUUGCCUUGAACACACUGAAGUCGGAAGUCUGAGAUUUCCCAGUUCCCAGCUGUUUUGAAAGCAGCAUAAGUCUGUCAGAUUUAUAUUUUACAGUCACCACAAUGACAGCCAUCAAGCACGCCCUCCAGAGGGACAUCUUUACGCCCAACGAUGAGCGUCUCCUCAGCAUUGUCAACGUCUGCAAGGCGGGGAAGAAGAAGAAGAACUGCUUCCUGUGUGCCACAGUCACCACAGAGAGGCCUGUGCAGGUGAGGGUGGUGAAGGUGAAGAAGUCAGACAAAGGGGAUUUCUACAAGCGACAGAUGGCCUGGGAACUGAGGGAUCUGGCUGAAGUGGAUGCAAAAGAUGCCAGCAAGGAGAACCCAGAGUUUGACCUCCAUUUUGAGAAGGUGUAUCGAUGGGUGGCCAGCAGCACAGCUGAGAAGAAUUCCUUCAUCUCCUGCAUCUGGAAGCUGAAUCAGCGUUACCUGCGGAAGAAGGUGGAGUUUGUGAAUGUCAGUUCCCAGCUGCUGGAAGAGUCAGUCCCCAGUGGUGAGAGUCAAAGUGUUGCCGGGGGUGACGAGGAUGCUCUGGAUGACUACCAGGAGCUGAAUGCCCGUGAGGAGCAAGACAUCGAGGGCAUGAUGGAGGUGUGCGAGUAUGCCAUCUCUAAUGCUGAGGCCUUUGCUGAGAAACUCUCCAAAGAGCUACAGGUUCUGGAUGGGGCCAACAUCCACUCCAUCAUGGCAUCUGAGAAGCAGGUGAACAUCCUGAUGCAGCUGCUGGACGAGGCUCUGUCAGAGGUGGACACCAUCGAGGGCAAGAUGAGCAGCUAUGAGGAGAUGUUGCAGAGCGUCAAGGAGCAAAUGGACCAGAUCUCCCAGAGCAACCGCCUCAUCCAGAUCAGCAACACCAACAACGGCAAGCUCCUGGACGAGAUCCAGUUCCUGGUGAACUACAUGGACCUGUCGAAGGGACACAUCAGGGCCCUGCAGGAAGGAGACCUCUCCUCCUCCAAAGGCAUUGAGGCCUGUAUCAAUGCCUCUGAGGCUCUACUGCAGUGCAUGAAUGUGGCACUCAGACCAGGUCAUGAGAAACUGAUGUCUGUGAAGCAGCAGCAGCACCUGUUCACUGAGCUCAGAGAUACCUUUUCCCGGCGCCUCACCAACCACCUCAACAACGUGUUCGUCCACCAGUUCAACCACUUCAGUCACUUCAAAAUGACCAUCCAUCAGUUCUAUAGGUCCUCCUGUAUGUCACUUCCAGGCCAUGACCAAAGUUCCGUGCUCUCCCAGCACAUGGCAGAGCUGACCCUGCCUAAACACAGCCCCCUACACAGGGACCUGCUACAUUACGCCAAGCUCAUGGAGUGGCUCAAGAACACCCAGAGAGAGAAGUACGAAGGCCUGUCCAGGACUUAUGUUGAUUACAUGACCAGAUUAUAUGAACGAGAAAUCAAAGAUUUCUUUGAGGUGGCGAAGAUCAAAAUGGCGGGCACAGCCAAGGAGGGGAAGGGAAAUAAGUUUGCCACGCUUCCGCGGAAAGAGAGUGCUUUCAAACAGGAAACGGAGAGCCUGCAUGGCAGCUCCGGGAAGCUUACAGGCUCCACCUCCAGUCUGAAUAAACUGGCAGUGCAGGGCUCCAGCAGCAGGCGCUCCCAGUCCUCCUCACUGCUGGACAUGGGCAACAUGUCUGCCUCAGACCUGGAUGUGGCCGACAGGACCAAGUUUGACAAGAUCUUUGAGCAGGUUCUUAGUGAGCUGGAGCCUCUCUGUCUAGCAGAACAAGACUUCAUCAGCAAGUUCUUCAAGCUACAGCAGCACCCCACCCUGGCUCAGGGAGAAGUGGAGGAAUCGGAUGGGGUGGUGCCCUCCAGACAGCCAACUCCAGGGGAGUACAGACACUUCAUAUCAUCGACUGAGAAGGACAUGGUGCGGUUGAUGAUGAACAAGGUCUUCCAGAGCAUUGAGACAGAACUUAACAGCCUCAUCACUCUGGGAGACAAGAUUGACACCUUCCACUCGCUGUACAUGUUGGUGAAGAUGAGUCAUCACGUGUGGACGGCAGAGAAUGUGGACCCUACCUCCUACCUCAGCACCACCCUCGGCAACGUGCUGGUCACCGUCAAAAGGAACUUUGACAAGUGCAUUUCGGGUCAGAUCAGACAGAUGGAGGAGGUUAAGAUCUCUAAGAAGAGCAAGGUGGGCAUCCUGCCCUUUGUCGCUGGGUUUGAGGAGUUUGCUGAGCUGGCUGAAACCAUCUUCCGUAAUGCAGAGCGCAGAGGAGAUCUGGACAAGGCAUAUGUCAAACUCAUCAGAGCUGUCUUCAUGAAUGUGGAGAAAGUGGCCAAUGAGAGUCAGAAGACGCCCCGUGACGUGGUGAUGAUGGAGAACUUCCACCACAUCUUCUCCACACUGUCCCACCUUAAGAUCUCCUGCCUGGAGACAGAGAGGCGAGAGGCCAAACACAAGUACACAGACCACCUGCAGUCCUAUGUCAUCAACUCCCUGGGACAGCCCCUAGAGAAACUCAAUCACUUCUUUGAGGGAGUGGAGGCACGUGUGGCCCAGGGCGUACGUGAGGAUGAGGUGAGCUACCAGCUGGCGUUCAACAAACAGGAGCUGCGUAAAGUGAUAAAGGAAUACCCCGGCAAGGAGGUAAAGAAGGGACUGGACAACCUGUACAAGAAGGUGGACAAGCAUCUGUGUGAGGAAGAGAGCCUGUUACAGGUGGUGUGGCAUUCCAUGCAGGAUGAGUUCAUCCGUCAGUACAAGCACUUUGAAGGCUUGAUUGGCCGUUGCUACCCUGGGUCUGGAAUUACCAUGGAGUUUACCAUUGGAGACAUGUUGGAGUACUUCUCAAGCAUUGCUCAAUCACAUUAAUUGUGUGUGUGUGUGUGUGUGUGUGUGUGUACUGAACAAAAAUAUAAAUGCAACAAUUUCAAAGACUUUACUGAGUUCCAGUUCAUAUUAGG